CUGUUCCUUGAAAUUCUACUAACAAUAGUUUCAUUAAAUAACAACAUUAUGAUCAUAGUUUUUGUGUCGUUAUAAAUGGUUGGAAGUUCAUUCAUACCAUUUUGUAGGUUACUUCAAACCAAAAUAUUUUCCACAAUAAAAGAAAAGGCUAGCAUAAUCCUUUCCAUAACGCUUACAAGCCUUGGCGGAACUUGAUUAAUAAACUGGUCGCUCGUUCUUUACCUAAAAUAAUUGUAACAUGAAGGCUACUAGCAAGAGUAGUAGUACUUGGAGAGUUUCUUUCACUUAUAUUUUUGCUCUUUGCAUUUUCAGCUUUUCUCUUGGAUUGUUUUUCUCCAACAGUUAUAACCUAGCAUCACGACAUAAGCAUGAUCAAACGAUUAAGCUUAGCUAUGAAGAUUGCGCAUCAGACAAUCAGAACCCCCAAGAAGGCAAGGGCAUAAUGGCACACGUACGCAAAAACCAGAAGGCGAUCUUAUCGUUGGACAAGAAAAUGGAUGCAAUCAAGACAAAGCUAAAGGAAGAUCAACAGGAUGAUGACAGAGAAGAAGAAGAAGAAGAAGAAGAAGAAGAGAGGCUAAACUCCAUGACCACAUCGUCCAACGCUCUCUCAUCAGGGAAUAACACAACAGGAGUUCAUAGACAGAAAGUGUUUAUGGUAAUAGGUAUCAACACCGCCUUCAGCAGCAGAAAAAGGCGUGAUUCUGUUAGAGACACUUGGAUGCCUACUGGAGCAGACUUACUAAAAUUAGAGAAAGAAAGAGGAAUCAUCAUCCGCUUUAUGAUUGGCCACACGGCUACAGGCAAUGGGGUUCUAGAUCAAGCUAUUGACGACGAAAAUGCCCAGCACAAAGACUUCCUCAGACUUGAUCAUGUUGAGGGUUAUCUGGAGCUAUCUGCAAAGACAAAAGCAUUUUUCUGUACUGCAUAUGCAAAGUGGGACGCUGAAUUCUAUGUCAAGGUUGAUGAUGAUAUUCAUGUCAACUUGGGUAUGCUUUCUGCAACUCUGGUUCGCCACCAUCUGAAACCCAGAGUUUAUGUAGGGUGCAUGAAGUCUGGUCCUGUUCUCUAUCAGAAGGGAGUAAAAUACCAUGAACCCGAGCACUGGAAAUUCGGAGAGAUAGGAAACAAGUACUUCCGACAUGCAACAGGGCAGAUUUAUGCAAUCUCCAAAGACCUGGCUGAAUACAUUUCUGUCAAUCAGGAAAUACUUCACAUGUAUGUCAACGAGGAUGUCUCACUUGGGGCCUGGUUCAUAGGCCUUGAGGUUGAGCACGUAGAUGAUAUGAGUAUGUGCUGCGGCACUGAGGAUUGCCAGAGGAAAUUGAAGGAAGGUGAUGUUUGUGUAGCAUCGUUUGAUUGGAAAUGCAGUGGGAUUUGCAAGUCAGUAGACAGAAUGAAGGAUGUACACAUCAGGUGUGGUGAAGGUUCAGCAGCUAUGUAGUGUAAACUCGAUCUACUAAAAGUGACAGAAUUCAAUUGUCCAGAGACUCGGAGUUUCUUCUUUUUGUUGGAUGCUUCUCAGGACUUACCCUCAAAAUUUAUAGCAGUGUAUGUACAAUAGUUUCUAAAUGUCACCAAACUAACAGAUUGUACUGGAAACUAAAACUUAGAAAAAGCAAUAAAAUUGCAAGCACGAAAAGCAACCCAAAACAAAGCUGAUAUUAUCAUCG